AUGGCAGACCCCAACAACAUCGGCCCCAAACCAACAACCCUAACAGGCGGCUGCCUCUGCGCCAAACUCCGCUACACCGUCACCCUCCCCGCGACCCACGACUUCGUCAAAAGCGCCCAGACCUGCCAGUGCACGCAGUGCCGCCGCCAGUCCGGCGCCCUCUUCGCCGCCUUCCACGACGUCCCGCCGCUGCAGUGGACCGAGGGCACGGCCACGCUCGCCGAGUUCGGCGCGUCCGAGUCGGCGAGGCGCGGGUUCUGCACGGCGUGCGGCUCGUGGCUGUAUUGGAAAUCAGACAAGCAGGAUGGCGUGAGUAUUUGUCUCGGGACGCUCGAUCCGGAGUUCUUGGUCGGGGAGGAGGGGUACGGGAGGGCGUUGGCGAGCGGGAUGGGCGGGCAUCACUGGUGCGGGAAUGAGAUCCCGGGGGUGACGAGUGAUGUUCCGAUGUUGAGGAGGGGGCGGAGGAAUCAAGGGAAUCCUCCAUCGUCUUGA